AUGUUAAUAUUUGUUAUUCUAGCUUAUUCUAUACAAAAUGGAUAUGGUAAUGAACCAACUAUUGUUCAUACUUCAUAUGGUGACAUUCUUGGAUAUAAGACGGAUUUAGCUCGAGUUUUUUAUGGUAUUCCAUUUGCUCAACCACCUGUUGAAAAAUUAAGAUGGAAUCCACCGGUACCUAUUACAGAAUGGUCUCCCAAAGUAAUUAAUGCUACUAUACGAGCACCUGCUUGUCCUCAACCACCAUGUAAUCCAGCUUCUCCUUCUUGUCCACCAUAUUUUUCUGAAGAUUGUCUUUAUUUGAAUAUUUUUACUCCUUUAUCAACACAACAGUCACACGCAUCUCCUCUACCUGUUAUGAUUUUUAUUCCUGGUGGCGAAUUUCAAUAUCUUGAUGCAUCUUUACCAAGUUAUAAUUCUGAACAUUCAGUCAAUACAACGAAUGUCAUUAUUGUAUUUAUUCAAUAUCGACUUGGUGUGCUUGGUUUUUUUGCAACUGGAACAGGUCCAAAUGAUCUAAAAGGUAAUUAUGGUAUACUCGAUCAACGUUUAGCUAUUGCAUGGAUCAAAGCAAAUAUUGAUGUAUUUGGAGGAGAUCCAAAUCAGAUUACAUUAUUUGGUGAAAGUGCUGGUGCACAGUCUGCUGCAUUACAUUAUCUAACAAGUGAUAUGCAAUCAUUUUUUCAACAGGUUAUUAUACAAAGUGCACCUAUGGCAAUACCAUUUAGAACUUAUGCAGAAUAUUUAACACCUGGUAUACUUUUAGCUGAACAACUUCAUUGUAAUUAUAAUGAUAUUGUUUGUUUUCGUGCUGCUUCUGUUAAUAAUAUAACUAUUGCUCAAAAAAUAGUUAAUACAAAGAUUACUUCACUAGAAGUUUUAUUAUUUUUUGAACCAUGGGUACCUGUCAUUGAUAAUAUUCUUGUUCAUGGUCAACUUUAUGAAACUGUUCGAAAUGUAUCAUUUCCUUUAAAACCUCUUAUUACAGGUACAGUUAAUGAUGAAGGUUUAUUUUUUAUUUAUCAUCAAUGGGAUAAACCAAUUUCACCUAUACUUUAUACUGAAAUUACUCUUGUUUUCUUUCGAAAAAAAUCUUUCAAAGUUCUCGAACGUUUUCCACCUGUCGGUACAGGAGAUCAACGAUUACUUUUAUCACAAAUAGCAACUCAAUGGGUAUUUGCUUGUCCAACACGUAUAUUUACUCGACAUGCUGCUUCCUAUUCUUAUGUAUUUGGUUAUCCUUUAAAUUUUAAUCGUAAACAAAAUGAUGCAUAUUGUAAUGAACAUGUAUGUCAUGGUGAUGAAUUACCAUAUUUAUUUGAAUCAAGAUGGAAUAAUUUUACUGAUGCUGCUCGACGUGUUUCACAAAGUAUAGCAAGUUAUUGGACAAAUUUUGCUAAAACUCAAAAUCCAAAUGAACCUUUACAUGUACCGAUUACAUGGCCAAAAAUAAUGAAUAUUAGUGAGACAUAUAUGUAUUUUCAAGAUCCAUUACAAAUACGAGAAAAUUAUUUGAAAGAUGAUUGUGAUUUCUGGGAUCAAAUUGGUUAUCGAAAAGACUUUUUUUAA